AUGGUAAGCAUAAAAUAUAUCCAACAGUCGUACUGCAUGCUAUAUAUAGAACUGCUGUGAUAGACUAAGUAGGCCUAUACUAUAUUUCUCAACACUUAUAUUUAUUUAAUCAAAUCUGCCAGCUACUUAUGUCCUCCUCACGUUUCCCACUCUCUAAAUACCUACUAAACAAUUAUAUAAAUCUUUCCAAAUCCUCAUUCCUUAAAUUAUUCAUAUAAAUUUCCCCAAUCCUCAUUAAUUAAUCAAUUUCCAAUAGCUAGAUCUUUCGGCAACGUACGAUAAAUGAGAAACUUUACUGUCACAGUGGUCAAACAUGUAAAUAGAAAUCCAAGUAUAAAUUCCUUAAUCGAGACUCCCAUGCAGGUCACCAAAUUGUUACAUUGGGAUUACAACUGAUGGAUAUCAUGGAAAGGUUGUGACCAAUUCUCCAGUUAUUUGUGAAACGUCACCUUUGUUUUAUUUCGCUCAGUUAGUGACAGUGUGACACUUCACUGAACUGUAGAUGAAACCGUCUAGCUCGUUGAUACAGCAUCGAUCUAGUAAUACGAAGGUCGCGGGUUCGAAUCCCAGCCGCGGUCAAGUAGAAUUUUCUGCUUGCCUGGUUUGGUAUACACUCGUCUUAAAACAACUCAAAAACCGCUACAGAGAGAGAGAGAGAGAGAGAGAGAGAGAGAGAGAGACAGAGAGAGAGAGAGACAGAGAGAGAGAGAGACAGAGAGAGAGAGAGAGAGAGAGAGAGAGAGAGAGAGAGAGAGAGAGAGAGAGAGAGAGAGAGAGAGAGAGAGAGAGAGAGAGAGAGAGAGAGAGAGAGAGAGAGAGAGAGAGAGAGAGAGAGAGAGAGAGAGAGAGAGAGAGAGAGGUCAAAGCAGUUGUAAUCCGGCCUAAGUCGGUCUAAGUAGGGUAAAGCAUGGUUAAAGUAUGUCAAAGUUGUUGUAAGGUGGGUUAAGUGGGGUAAAGGGAGUUGAAAGCAUGUCAAAGCAGUUGUAAUCCGGCCUAUAUAAGUUGGUCUAAGUAGGGUUUAGCAUAGUUAAAGUAUGUCAAAGUCGUUGUAAGGUGGGUUGAGUUGGGUAAGGGUUAAGCAUGGUUAAUAUAUGCCAAAGUCGUUGUAAGAUGGGUUAAGUUGGGUAAAGGAAGUUCAACAGCAUGUCAAAGCAGUUGUAAUCCUGCCUAGUUGGUCAAGUAGGGUUAAGCAUGGUUAAAGUAUAUCAAAGUCGUUGUAAGGUGGGUUAAGUUGGGUAAAGGAAGGUGAACAGCAUGUCAAAGCAGUUGUAGUGCACCGUAAUGGUCCGGAAUAAGAUAAUGUAUACGGAUCCACUAUGUCCCUGCAAGACUAAGUACUUUUCCUAUAAAUUGAUAAAUGUUUGCGUUAAAAAAAAGGCAGAUGGAAAAGGAAUUGGACGCUGAUAUUCGGUAAUUUUGUUUAUCUACUGAUAUACUUUCUGAAUAUACAAUAAAAAGAGAGCACAAUUUUCCAUCGCAGUGGCACAUUAAAUUUGCGUGCACAUAUUAUGUAAACUUUGCAAACUUUUUAUUCUGGAUCUGACUUGAUGCAAAAUAUACGAACAUUUCCCGAAGAAAUCAGUAAGUAUGGCUUUAUUUCUUUGUGCUAAUAUAUCCAUCAAGGCGAUGAACUGUUUAGCGUUCAUUCUGUAGGCAAGCAAUGUGCUUCUAUGAGUUAUUGAGUUUACCGUGCUUCUUACAGCCCGAAAUAUUCCCAUUGUCCGCAUGGUCGUUUAGAACAUUUGGCAUUAAUGUCUUAAUACACGGAGGCAAAAUGUACUUAAGAGCUCUGAAAUGUUGAAACAAUAUGAUUUCGUGAAUUUACCGGCAGUUUUAAUAAUAGCCCACCUGAUCUAUUCGUCAGUAAUGCCUUAUAAUUGUACAAGGAGUCAAAAUGUACUCAGUUUAUUUUGUUGUUAUGUGCCAAGACAAUGAGUAUAGUGUUCAUUUCUAGAUGUUUAUAGUUUAACAACAAACGUGGAAUGUUGUUAAAUCAGGCUUACUGUGAUAAGAUUCGUAGAGCAACCCAGUGUGGAUUGUUGUCUGUACUUAUUGACUUACCAGCAACUACAUGUAAUCUCCGAGCCAACGGCGCAGAGCGCCGUUCCGGGCGUAAGCCCGGGGCGAGGGUACUAACCCCCCCGGCUAUUUACACCCGGGGAAACGAAAGCAUUAGCGAAGUCUAAAGUUCAUCAACGAUCGCGGGCGUGACCAACGAUCUUGAGUGGGUGGUCAUCCUCACUGAUCUCAAAAAUAUGGCUGAUUGCUUGUAGAAGUGUGAUAAGCAAGAUUUCAGUUUUAACUAGAAAUACAUGCAUGCGGUAACCCCUCGCCAAUAUUUUCCAAACAUUAAAUUAACAUGAAGUAUUCAGAAAUGGUCGACACUGAACGCAGACUCGCGCUCAAGUGUUGCCAUGACAACACGAUAUCUUAAAUUUUUAAUUUUUUCAUAUUUUUGUACAAAACUGCAAAAUAGUUGAAAGAUUCAUACUUUUAACUAUAAAACAAUAAAUUUCCGAAAUAUACACUAUAGGUAUAUUAUUUUGCAUUUUGUGAGCUUCGAUUUAAUGUAAAAUUUAACUUGAAACGCUUCGUGAGAUUUUUGAAAUGUUCAUUCAACUGAACUACAUUGUGUCAUUCCAUUUAAUAUAGGCAUCCCUCCUAUUGAGGGGUCUGGAAAUCCUAUGGGAAGAGAGGGGGUUUUUAUCUUAAAAUUUCCUAGAGGGUAGCUUAAGAAAUUUAAAAAAAAUAGAAAAAAUUAGGUGUUUUAGUGAUAUCCAAGGGGAUAAAAACGAUAUCCUAAAGGGGGUAUAAAGAAAUCCAUGGGGUAAUUUCCAAAAAUCGCAUUCAAGGGGGUUCUAAAAUUUUUAUAUCCUAAGGGGAUUAUGAAGUGACCCCUCAAUAAGGGGGGUGCCUAUAUUAAAUGGAAUGGCUCAUUUGCCGAUAAACUGUUUUACACACAAAACAAAUUGUUAGGUAAUUUUAGUUCAGUCUGCAAAUCAAUUUGUUCAAAUUAAACGGUAAUUUAUAAAACUUAGACCUUCGUUGAAAAGGAAAACAGUUCCUAUUUUUAGGCAAAGGUUAAAGCAACAAAAUUCAAAGCAAACUUGCCGUAUAUUUCACGAUUUCCCAUAGUAAAUCAAUUCUUCUCAUUUCUUCAAACAAAAUUGCUUCAAGCUUGUUGUUUAUGAAACGAUUUUCCAAAUUCUUUUCUUUUAAAAGUGAAAUCUUGCUUAUCCCACUCCCAUGCACAAGCAAUCAGCCAUAUUUUUUAGAUCAGUGAGGAUGGCCACCCACUCAAGUUCGUUGGCAUAGAGUAGAGACAUACAGAGACGUAACUAGUGCACUUUUUUUGUGCGCAUGCUUGGCAAGUUACUAGAUGCAUGCAUCUGAUUGGAUGACGACUUGAUGACGACUCACUUUAAACUUGCUGAGCACGCGCAGUUAAUCAUUUUUCGCCCGGUCGCCUGAAAAAAAAUGGGUACAUGAUAACGUAAUCUUCCGCAGUGUUUACAACGGUCAGUUACGUCUCUGUAAGUCUUAUCUACUCUGUGUCGUUGGUCACGCCCGCAAUAUUUAAUGAACUUUAGACUCCGCUAAUGCUUUCGUUUUCCCGGGUGUAAAUAGCCGCGGGGAAUUAAUACCCUCGCACGGCGCUUGGCGCCGUCGGCUCGGGGAUUACCGUUUAAUUUGAGAAAAAGUCUUAAAAUGUAAAGGAGAACAAAUUGAUUUGAAGACUGAUCUGAAAUUACCUAACAAUUUGUUUUAUUUGUAUAAAACUUAUUAUCGGCAAAUGUACUGUAGUUUAGUUGAAUGAACAUUUCAAAACAUUCUACGAUAAGUUUCAAGUUAAAUUUUACAUUAAUAAAUUAAAGCUCACAAAAUGCAAAAUAAUAUACAUACAGUAUAAAUUUCGGAAAUUUAUGGUUGUUAAAAGUACGAAUCUUUCAACUAUUUUGCAGGUUUGUACAAAAAAUAUGAAAAAUAAAAAAUUUAAGAAUAUCGUGUUGUCAUGGCAACACUUGAGCGCGAGCCUGCGUUCAGUGUUGGUCAUUUCUGAAUACUUCAUGUUAAUUUAAUGUUUGGAAAAUAUUGGCGAGGGAUUACUGCAUGCAUGUAUUUCUAGUAGUAAUAUACGGUAUGUCAACUGACUUUUGUAUAAGAUAUGACUGUCUGUUUAUAUAUCUUUGAGGCCUCUAAGAUAUGUCUAUUGUUAGCAUAAUAUGAAAUAAUCCUACCGGCAUACAUUCAUAUAUUCAUCUGGCUGUGUCACUACAUUUCAAUUCAGAGUGUAUUAUGUUUUUCGAUAAUACUCACAAUUAGAAAUGUCAACAAAUAGACCUUGUCUCCUCAUCAGCAUAUUGCUCGGUUGUUCUGUGAGAUGGGCAGCCUUGAAGGUGGCAUUAAAACAAUAAUUGGAACAAAACCCAACUUAGUAUUUUUAUAUGAACAUUGUACAAUAUUCAGUGGCAAGCUAGCCAUGGCAACUGGCCAUGCUAUGCUGAUAAACCUGCAUCUAUUUGAAUAAUGCGAAUCAUUAAAAACUUGCAUAGCAUGACCUGUUGCUAUGGCUAGCUUUACAACUGACAGUAUUAUAAUUAUACAAAAGCAAGAAGUUAUAAGCAUUGAAGAUAUAUUCAUAUAAAACCGCCCAUGCGAAGAAAGUAGAAUUAGAACUUUUAGCCGCCCUUAGACUUUGUGCAAGAUGUUUGAUAUUCAAAUUGCACUUUUCCUACCUCCUAAACAGGCGUCUUAGGGGCUGUUUGCAUGUAACCUGCGAUCAGGCUCUAUUUUACAAAUAAUAGCCUGACACAAACCUUACUCUGAUCAAUUUCCACUCACAGCAAAGUUUAUAUUUAUUAUCCAAUCAAAAUGUCGCAGGAGAAAUUUAAAUUUCACACAACGACAACAACAAUCUAAUUAUAGUGGUGAUCACGAUAAAAAAUAUCAGCAACAAUAGUACAAUCUAAUUAGCACCAACCAAUCAAAUGACAUAUUAAAAAAUCUUUUGUCUCAUAGACCAAUCAGAUUUACAACCGAAAUACAGUACGGUUGUACGGUAUGGACUUUUGUUGAGGUUUGUAUCGGGCCUAAAUAUAUAAUUAUUUAUAGCCCUGGUCGCAGGUUAGCUUGCAUGAUGGAAGGAAGGAUAAUUUUGAUGUAUUUCAAUAUAUUAGUCACUAGGCUAAACGAAAGUUCAAAUGCUGGUUAGCAGAACUCAAAUGUUAUAGAGAAGAUCUUGUGGUUCAAGAAGGUUAUAUUGUGCCUGAAGAGGCAACCUUUCAUUUACAGCUAACUAUAAUCCAUCUCUAGAAAAAGCUUUUUGCUGAAUCAUGCACCCUGACUUAUUUAAGUACCGGUACAUCAAAAUCAUCCUGCCUCAUAUAUCGUCCUGGAAAAGCGUAGCCUGCGAACAGGCCCUGGGUUGCGGGCGGCGCGAAGAAUAGAGGGCCUGCACGGAACUAUAGGUUUUCUUGGUAGUGGCGUUCGUAUAGAAACGCAGGCUUCUGAUUGGCUUACACUCGUUGACAAAAUUACUAAAAAUAGCAAAUGUCAACAACAGCAUUUUGAAGAAUUUGAACUUUGUUCAUUUUAAUAUUAUAUAUUAUAGGACUAUCGAACAAAUAAAACUAGAAAUGGAAACCAAAAGCAAUAGCAAAGCAUUACAGCAAAAAGUCUAUAAUAAAUUACUUGAAUCUAUCGCUUAAAUGCAAUAUACGAAACUAUAACAGUAUUCUGAAUUUCGUCUUCGGAUUGACAUCAGACUAUAGUAUAGUACAUUUUGAGGUCGUCGUGGCUUCACGGAUUAUUCUCAUUAGUGAGCAAGUCAGCAAGCGAAGGUAUACAAAAGAUACCCAAAUAUGUACGAAUAAUUAUAUUGUUGAUCCUCACUGGCAUGUCAUUUAGAUAUAAAUAUAUAUCGUACAUCAAACGCUGUACUAUUUACUGUAUAAACUGCUGACAAUUUCGUCGUCGAUACGGCUUCCACCACUAUACUUCCACUAUUGGCACACUCGUGAGUUCCAAGAAAUUAAUAAAUACAUGCUCAUUUAUCAUUUAUUUAGACCACAGUUAGUAAAAUUUUAGACGUAUUCGGUAUUCCAAAUCCCAAUCUAUCUGACCGUAUUUUAGUAAUAGCUUCAAAUAUUCAGAACAUUGUUCUUUCAGUCGCACAUAGUACAAGUAUUACUGUACAUUGAUUCAAUGCCAAUGGUAGUAUUUUAUUCGGCUUUAUAUUUGUAUGUGUAUUGAUAUCUAUUUAAUAUUUGAAGAAUUCUAUAUUUUUCCGAGUAAUAUUUUGUGCGGCCCGCUAAUGCUUUGUAUUAUUGUACAUUUUAAUAUUCAGUAUUUCUUCGUUGCACAAUGUACACGCCUUGCGUCAAUUUGACAGUUGACAGUUUAUUUAUCGCAGUCGACGCUGAUUGGUUCGCGUUUCGCAGAUGCGAAAAGGGGAUGAUUGAAUAAAACGCAUGUUCCGUGCAGGCUCACCUUUCUCCCAGUGAGCCUGUUCGCAGGCUACAUCCCCCUGGAUAUGAUGAUUCGCUUAUACAAGGCUUACAUUUUACCUCAUUUGGAGUAUCGUGGUCCAUUAUUGGUCGGAAUUGGUAAGGCGGAGGAAAAGAAACUGGAGGACACAAACUAUUAUAUCUGAUAUAUCUUAUUAAGAACUAUUUUAGGACUGUCUUCGUCGGUGGAGUACGUAUAAUCAUAUCCAUCUGUCUGGAUGGAUUACCUGGAUGGAUGUCUGAAUGGAUAAAUUGUAGAUAGAAAGUAUCGAGUAGAAUUUUUUUUACAAUCAGAUUUGCAAAGUCAAUUUCAAUACAGGACAUUACAAAAUCUAGACGUGCCGGUCAGCAACAUGCAUGUAUUAUUCUCUAUAGUUUUUUUAUAUGAGUUAUGAUGAAGUGGUACAAAAUCGUUGAAGGGUGGGAUGGGUGGUAAUUUCCAGAAAGUAUUUUCCCCCAGUCCGCAGAGCCAGAGGUCACAGACUUUUGCUUGCAAGUGGCGCAAUGAUCAAACGAGUUAAAAGGACAAGUCAUUGGGUCUAAUGUUAGAUGAGACGUUAAGUUGGAAUAAACAGAUGAACCCAAUAACAAAAAAGUAAACAGAGGUUUGAAUGUACCAAAAUGGUUAUCAGAAUUCCUAGACCUUCAAACUUUACUAAGUACUAGAUAAAACAUGAGCAUCCGAUCUUUAUCUGAUCUCCUGCCAAACAACAAGCCUCGAAAUCUUAAAAAUAAUAUAAUUUUUGUUAUAUAGUUAGUGUCAAUGUUCAAUUUUUCUGUUUUCCGAAGCGUAUCACGUGCAAAUCCGCAAAAAGUCCUGCCAACGAGUCCAUGAUAAAACAUUUAUUAUAUAAUAACUACAGUGAAACAGGCAAUUUGAUUGGUCAAUAGCCGUGCUGGAUUAGGCUAUAAUUCUGCACGAGGAAUUAAAAUGCCGUCGCCGGAUUCUCGAAAUGUCAUUGUCUCACUGUAGUUAUUUUAUAAAACAAUUACCAAAUGGUUUUCCAAGUAGGAUCGCGUGGCCCAUGCACUUGGGAUGUUGCUCGACUUUCGAAAAGCGUAAAAAUACACUCGCCUGCGGUUCGAGUAGCGACAUCCCUCGUGCAUGGAUCACGCAAUCCUGAAUGGAAAACCAUUCGGUAUUCCUUUAUUGACUGGUCAGCAAUAAAAUGGUGCAGAGCACAUGCGGGUUAAACUUUUUUGUUAAACAUUUACGGCGUUCCAUUUAUCCAGUUUUGGUUUCAAAGUUCACUUCAAUAACCGGUGAAUUAUGUACUGUUUAAUAAACGAGCACGAGUGUUUUAUUACUCCGGGUACUGUAAGUACCGGAGUAUUAAAAUGUCAGAUCUUUUUUCUUAGGCGACACAA